CUUACUUAGAUGCAUGGUAUAAUUUGCGGAUCCAGUAUAUCCGCCUGAAUCGAACAUAAAGUGUGACGGUGGAAUUCGUUUGGAUUCACAACAAAUUGCCAAAUUUUAAAAUAAUGCAAAAAAAAAAAAAAAAAAAAAAACGUUAAAUUACCAACAACCUACCUUUCUUCAGGCUCCAGCUCAUCAAUCUCUCUCUUUGAGUGUAAAUUAAUCAACCACCUCGUAUCUUAUACAAUAUAGAUCUCCAUUAUCUUCAUUCUUCACUCACUCACUCUUACAUCGUAUUCUAACUCCCUGUUUCCGCGCUUCAAAUCUUCAAUUGCUACCAUUAAAAACCACUUCUUUCCAUGCUAAUUUUAGUCCUUUAUUCUUGAAUUUUUGUGGGAGUUGCUUGAUUUUAACAAUGGGGAGCUCAGAUGACAAAGUUGUAGCUGUGAUCAUGGUGGGUGGACCCACUAAAGGUACUCGAUUCAGGCCUUUAUCUCUGAAUAUUCCAAAACCUCUUUUUCCUUUAGCUGGACAACCUAUGGUUCAUCAUCCAAUUUCAGCUUGUAAAAGGAUUCCUAACCUAGCACAAAUUUACUUGGUUGGUUUCUAUGAAGAGCGGGAAUUUGCAUUAUAUGUAUCUUCAAUUUCUAAUGAAUUGAAAGUUCCUGUCAGAUACUUGAAGGAAGACAAGCCUCAUGGUUCUGCUGGAUGCCUGUAUAAUUUCAGGGAUAUAAUCAUGGAAGACAGUCCGUCGCAAAUAUUCUUGUUGAAUUGUGAUGUUUGCUGUAGUUUUCCUUUGCCAGAAAUGCUUGAGGCUCACAAAACAUAUGGAGGAAUGGGAACUAUAUUGGUUAGCAAGGUUUCUGCAGAGUCUGCCAGCCAGUUUGGUGAAUUGGUUGCUGAUCCUGUCACCAAUGAAGUUUUGCAUUACACCGAGAGGCCUGAAACUUUUGUUAGUGAUAGAAUAAACUGUGGGGUCUAUGUUUUUACACCAGACAUUUUUUCAGCCAUCCAAGAUGUUUCAAGACACCGAAAAGAUUCAGCCAAUAUGAGACGUGUAUCCAGCUUUGAAGCACUUCAAUCUGCGACAAAGAGUCUGCCCUCAGAUUUUGUGAGGCUGGACCAAGAUAUUUUGACACCGCUAGCUGGAAAGAAAAAAUUGUAUACAUAUGAGACCAUGGACUUCUGGGAACAAAUCAAGACCCCUGGAAUGUCUCUGAAAUGUUCUGGUCUCUAUCUGCACCAAUUUCGAGUGACCUCCCCACAUCUUUUGUCAAGUGGUGAUGGAACAAAGAGUGCGACCAUAAUUGGCGAUGUAUACAUUCAUCCCUCAGCUAAAAUACAUCCCACAGCAAAGAUUGGUCCAAAUGUUUCAAUCUCUGCAAAUGCUCGUGUAGGAGCUGGUGCGAGGCUCAUCAACUGUAUUGUUCUAGAUGAUGUUGAAAUCAAGGACAAUGCAGUUGUUAUCCAUUCAAUUGUUGGGUGGAAAUCAACAAUUGGAAAAUGGUCUCGAGUUCAGGCUGAAGGAGAAUACAAUGCGAAACUUGGAAUCACAAUUCUUGGGGAAUCUGUAAAUGUAGAAGAUGAAGUGGUGGUGAUCAAGAGCAUUGUGCUUCCAAACAAGACUCUUAAUGUCAGUGUCCAGGAGGAAAUCAUACUGUAGCCAAAUGCCAAUACUUCCAUGAAGUCAUGAACACCUUUUUUUGUCAACUUAUUAAUACUGUUUCUUCCCAAUGUAUCAAUUUCAUAGAUCUUAUACUGACAAUCUUCAUCAUUUUGUACCGCUAAUGCGUAAUUGUAUAUGUUUUUCUAAAGAGAAUAAUUUUGACUCAAUAAAAGUUUAUUUUUGUUUCAUCUAA